AUGGUGUGUCGGUGGAGCAGCUGGGGGUGGCAGCCAGCGCGAUGGGGGCCAGACCAGGCGCUGGAGGCCUACCUGCCUGGUGCCGGGCAACUGUCUCACACAGAGAUCCACCCGGGACGUGGGGCGAGUCGGAGGAAGGGGUCGUCCUGCCCCACUGCCUCCAGGAGCAGGGAGGUGCCCUGCGCAGCUAACAGAGGCCAGCGCGGGCUCAGGGGUGCUGGGGCCGCGGCCGGGAAGGGGCAUCAGAUUGUCCCGAAGAAGCUCAGCCGGACGGAGCUGCUGGGGCACGAAGACCGACAACUGCUGCUCGCCUUGCAGCGCAGAGAUGUCAUCUCCAUUUGCAGCUUCUUAGACGACUAUCGUGGAUUCGCCACCACGGACGAGGUGCUGGACCUGCUGUUCACCGAAUAUGGGUACAUCAUAGCUGCAUGUGGUGACGACGACACGGUCCAGCGUUGGAAACUGGCCAUCUCCUGCAUGCUGGAAAUAUGGCUGGAUUAUUAUGGGGACGACUUUUGUCAGCUCCCCGAAUUUCCCUCCCUUAUGAAAAUUCUGCAAUUCGUAAGACAGCACAUGCCAGGUUCAGACGUGGAACUCCGUGCCCGGCGUAACCUCCAGCAAUUCAGACGCCUCCAUACAGUGGAGCCAGAGGCUGGGGCUUCAGCCCAAGGAAAACACCCUGAAGCAGCUCAGGAGCAAGUCCCAGCUCUGACCGUGGGGACUGCUGCCCCGUCGGGGCCUGCGGGGAUCCAGGCCGUCCCGGCUGCUGGGGCUGAGGGCUCGGCCCGCGCUGAAGCGCCCGCUGGGGAGGUGAAGCCCCUGCAGAUAGUGGUCACUGCUCUAGUUCACUGCUCCGCCCUGGAGGAGCCCCCUGCACCCGCGGCCACCCCAGAGGAGGAGCAGGCCCCGGCACCUGCAAUCGGGGUCCCCAGAGUGCCAGAGCCGCCACCUGCAUCUGGAACAACUGGCUUCGACCCCUGAGCUCGCCCCAGCUCCCAACGCAGGGCUCGUGGUGGCUGCAGCCCAACGGAGGCUUGCCCUCCCCUGGCAUUUCACUGUUUCUAUAUUUUCCAUUUUUCUUUAACCUUUAACCUGUAUAAUGGCUUAUGAGUUUUAUUGUAAUAAAGGAUAAGUUAACU